UAUUUCUGUAGAAGUGUAGAUCAUGAUGCUGAUUUUGACGCGGUUGUCAUUUCUGUUUUUACUGUGUGAUUUCGGUUGCGCGUUGUCCCGCAAUUUUUUGGAUACACGGAACGGGAGUGAUUCUUGCUCCACUAAGCUGUUCUGUAGUGAAUGCAUUCAAACUGCCUUUUGCGACUGGUGCGUCCUGCCGGAGAAGAUCUGGAAGUCAAAGUGUCCUAUAAGCGAGCUGAAGAUUAUCCUGUUGACCUUUAUUAUCUGAUGGAUUUGUCGAACUCGAUGAGUGAUGACAAAGAAACUCUUUCAAAACUGGGGAGUAAAUUGGUGAGGGAAAUGAGAUCGUUGACCUCCGACUUUCGAGUGGGAUUCGGAUCGUUCGUUGAUAAAGUUGUGAUGCCGUUCACAAGCACAGUGCCUAGGAGAUAUAUCGAUCAUUUCCUAACCCCCGAGAGUUUGAAGAAUUGCAUGAUAUGUUGUGAACGUGGUUUUGAUAUUGGGAAGUGCAUGGCUGUGAGUGGUUUAAUUUACGGUGAUUUGGGGUUGACGUAUGCGUUAAUCGAACCGUGCACUAGAUGUGCUGCACCGUAUGGAUUUAAACACCACUUGACUUUGGGUACAGAUGGAAAUUUGUUUGCAGUGAGUAGUAAUCUUCUUUAUUUCGUAGAUCGAGUAAGUCGAGCGCGCAUCUCGGGAAAUCUUGACUCUCCAGAAGGAAGCUUUGAUGCGAUUGUGCAAGCAAUCGUUUGCACGGAACAGAUUGGAUGGAGACCGAAUGCCCGCCAUUUGCUGGUCUUGUCGACGGAUGCAAAAUUCCAACAAGCCGGAGUUGGGAAGCGUCGAUUUAAUCAUCUUGCUCUUCUGUUCUUACGACAGUUCGGAGGAAUCGUCAUUCCGAAUGAUGGGCAAUGUCAUUUGGAUUCCGAAGGGAAUUACGAUCAUUCCCUUUUGCUGGAUUUCCCUUCGGUCUCCCAGAUCAGCCAGACUGUCAAAGAUCAUCAGAUCAACCUUAUAUUCGCCGUGACGAAUGAGCACCGCGGAUUGUAUGAUGCUCUCUCGGAAAGAAUCCAAGGUGCCUCGGCUGGCACCCUCUCCGUCGAUUCAUCGAAUGUCAUUAAACUUAUCAAGGAUGAGUAUCAUAAAAUUCGAUCAUCUGUGGAGCUUCGGGACAAUGCGACGAGCCCGGUAAAAAUUUCGUAUUUUUCCAAAUGCACGAAUGCAAGUGGACGUACGUGGCAAACCUCAAGGUGCGAAGGAUUGACAGCCGAGUCUGAAAUUGAGUUCACUGCGGUCAUAAAGGUCACGAAAUGCCCGGAAGAUCCUGCUCAACGUAGGCAGAUCAUAAAAAUUGAACCCGUUGGCGUGAAUGAGUCCAUGAUCAUUGAACUGGAAAUCAUUUGCAAUUGCGAUUGCGAAAUUCCUGGAAACGACGGAUUCGUCGCGUCUGCUGCGGAUUGCAGCAAUAAUGGUGACUUGAAAUGCGGAGUUUGUGAUUGCCACGAAAACUUCCGGGGACGGAACUGCGAAUGCGAUGCUUCCCAAGGGAAUAUUGAUGAAGCCCAGUGCGAAAUUUGUCGACUAACGACAAACUGCGAGUUGUCUGAACUUGAUGACUCUCUGUAUUUUCGUUUUCAGUCGUCGUGCAAAGCGAACAAUCGCACUGAAAUCAUCUGCUCCAACAGCGGGGAAUGUGUUUGCGGAGAAUGCCGGUGCCACGCUCGGAUGAACCCCAAGGAAAUCAUUUCUGGGCGGUUUUGCGAGUGCGACAAUUUUUCUUGCUACAAGAAUUCGCGAGACGAGUUGUGCUCUGGUCAAGGCGAGUGUGUUUGCGGCAAAUGCGUGUGUCGAGGUUUGUGGACAGGCCGGGAUUGCUCUUGUAUGGAUAGCACCGAGUCUUGCAGCAGUGGUCCAGACCGGGAGUUGUGCUCGGGUCGGGGCAAGUGCGUAUGUAAUCGAUGCGUUUGCGACGAAACCAGUGGCGGGAACAGAUAUUCGGGAAGACAUUGCCAACGGUGCCUUACGUGCCCUGAAGUAUGCGGUGAGCUGAAACAUUGCGUGCAGUGUCAAAUCUUUGGAAACGGACUGUUCGGAGAUGACGAAGACGCCUGCAAAAAGAACUGCACAUUCCAAGUGCAGAAGUCGCUAGAGGCAUUGGAUCAAAAUACCAUCAUGGAAGAUGAACAACUUUGCAUUCUUCAGGAUGAGAAACAGUGUCUCUUCCAGUUUGCAUAUCGUUCCAACAGCCUCGGUGAUUUCUUCGUUCGAGUUCAGGAGACUGUUUCAUGUCCCGAACCUCUCAACGUUGUCGGCAUUGUAGGUGGUGUGAUUGGAGCAAUUGUGGCCUUGGGUCUGCUUACAUUAAUCCUAUGGAAAAUACUUACUAUGAUCCAUGAUAGCAGAGAAUACGCGAGGUUUGAAGAAGAAAGAUCCAAGGCUGGUUUGACUGCUGGAAGCAACCCUCUGUACAAGGGAGUUGUAUCUAACUUCAGUAAUCCAGCUUAUAGUGGAAAAGUUGCCCAGGAAGGAGAUCAGAAAGAAGGAACCGAUGAUGAUGCCCUAUGAGUCAAGGUGCAUUUGUCAAAUAAUUGGAAAGAUUUUAGCUCAUGCUUCCCACCU